CACUAUAAAGCCUCCAUGGGGACCUGGACUGAGCACAAGCACCAACAGCAAGAGACUGAGAAGAACACCAUGAAGACCUUUCUGCUCCUGACUUCCCUCCUGGCGGUGGCACCUGUAAGCCAGGCUGCAGAAGUGAAGCUCACUCUGGGUGAGGGAUUUGAAAAAGCACUUUUGGAUCUGGCCUCAGGGGGGCAGCAGAAACGUGAAGAAGGCUUUGCGGAUGACAGCGAUGAAAGCCAGGUGAAGAGAGAGUUGGGCUUUGCAGAUGACAGCGAUGAAAGCCAGGGGGAGAAGAGAGAGUUGGAUGAAAGUGAUUUCCUGGGGGGAGGGGGUGAACUGGAUGGACUGGUGGAUGAUCUAGAACAGAAGCGUGAAAUGGGCUUCGCAGAUGACAGCGAUGAAAGCCAGGGGGGGAAGAGAGAGUUGGCAGGGAGCGAGAAUAAAGGCCUACAAGGAAAGCGCUGGCUUGGAUGCAGAAACGGUUACAGAUCCACCACCUGCUAUUAUACUCAAUCUUGCCAGCAUUAUCAUUACCGCCACUGCACCGGUGGCACUUUUCCUGUUUGCUCAAAUCAACUGCGUUUGCGCUGUUUAAUGGUUGAAAGACGCUGCGCGAGGAGGUGGAGAUGCCGUUACAACCACUAUUACAGAUACAGACCAUGCUACCGCUGCACUUACCGUCGCUGGUGGAAGAAUAUGUAAAAGAGGGAGUGACCCCCUCAAUACUUUCCAUGGAUGCAUGCAGCAUUCCACAGCCCUGCAGCCCUGCAAUGCACUGUGCUUUCUGCAAUAACAACAACAGCAAAGAUUUUAAAUACUCAGUUGAUGUGCAGAGUAACUUCUUGCAAUACUAUAUUCCAUACACAAUGUUUAAUAUUGUUUAAAAUAGACCUGCAACUGAUUACCCCUCUGUAGAUCAAUGCAAAUUCAAUUUGCAUGUAGCAAAUACAUAUUUAUAGUACAGAUUUUUUCUUUUUUUCCGGACUGACAAACAAAUAUGUUCGUGUCAUGUCCAAAGCUUCUGCUUAAAAUGCAAAAAUAAAGACUUAUGCAAGCAUCAAA